GAUGAUCAACGCGGGUGGUUUGUUUGAUAGUCGAUUAACGUAUGAACGGAGCAGGAAACAUUGAGUGCAGAAAAUGGGAGGACGUCUACUUGAUGUAUAUUUCAAACCAAUGCCCGGCAGAUAGCAUUUCUAUCAAGGGAACAUUGUUCUUAACAGACCAUGUUAGUUUGGGAUUCGUGUAUAAUUACAAUUCUUGUUAGGGAUCAAAAGUAAGUAUUCACUGGGUACCCCAUCAUGAUCAAGGUAAAUUUCACUGUCACUCCUACUUGGAUUACCUUAUAGACUCGUCAUUAUCCCAAGAAGAUAGAAAAGGUUAUGAAAUCGAUAUUAAGGAUAUGGAUUUUCUUGUUAUACGAAAGGCCCCAUGCUUUCCUUGUCGUGGAGUGUAUUUAUCCCUAAAAUCACAUAAACCUUAUGGCCCAUUUCAGUUCCGUAAAGGUGGUUCAAAUUCAUUUUUGAAAAGUUUGAGUACUUUGGCGGAUGUUACAAGAUGUCAUGAUGACGAGAAUCGGUACAUUGUCAGACCUCAUUCACAAUAUAAUUUUGCUUCUAAUUACCAUCUUCCUGAUACUUUUGUACAAAACAAACGUCAUUUCAGUUCGGUAAGAGCGGAAGGGACAGGGCUGGUUGGGUCCCCUUUUUCUGGCCAAUUAGGUGCUUCUUUAAGAAAUAUUGGAAUACAUGUCAACUCAAUUGUUAGUACUAUCUUGUCACCUAAUUUAAUCGAUGAAAAUAUAGCUCCAAAUAAUGGUUCAUCUGAAGAGUAUUUUGCAAAAUGUAUUGCAGAAGACCUACAGAAAAUGGAAGCUGCACGUUUAAGAACUACCGAUGAUGAAGGAGGAUUUGCUGUUGUUGAACGAAGACCAAAUCCUAUUUUUCUUCCACCAAUGCCAAUUGUCCAGCGUUCUCUUCCACUGAAUAUGACCCAAUGGAAAAAGUCACUGGAUCCAGAAGGUCGUGUAAAUCGACCUGAAAAUUUACGUGAAAUAAUAUUCAAUGGUGGUAUAGAAAAUGAUUUAAAACCAAUAGUAUGGAAGUAUUUACUCGGUUAUUAUCAAUGGACUUAUACAGCAGAAGAAAAUGAAAGAUUAAAAGUUGAAAAAAGUCGUGAAUACCACAUCUUGAAGACGUUUUGGAAGUCAAUGUCCCCUGAUCGAGAAGCUAGGUUUUCAUUGUUUCGUGAUCGUAAAUGUUUUAUUGAUAAAGACGUUCCACGUACUGAUCGAAAAACUGAUUUUUACUCAGAUGAUAGUCAUGGAAAUUUGACACGUCUUUCAGAUAUACUUAUCACGUAUACUAUAUAUAAUAUGGAUUUCGGUUACUUCCAAGGAAUGAAUGAUUUACUCGCAUUAAUACUUUAUGUUAUUAAAGAUGAAGAAGAUUCUUUUUGGUGUUUUGUUGGUUUAAUGAAUAGACUAGAAUCUAAUUUCAAUGGUGAACUCAAUGCAGUCAGAGAACAAUUUAAUCAAUUAUUUUCACUGAUUGAAAUAUUUGAUCCAACUUUUAGUGAAUAUCUUGAAUCGAAAAGUGCCAAAGAAAUGCCGUUUUGCUUCCGCUGGUUGUUAAUUCAUUUCAAACGAGAAUUCUCAUACAAAGAUACUAUGACUUUAUGGGAGGCGUUUUGGACAGAUUAUCGGACUAAGAAUUUCCAUAUCUUUUUCGCUGCCGCUAUACUUUUGACUCAAAGAGAUAAUAUCAUGAAUAGAAAAUAUGAUGCAAACAGUAUAUUAAAGGUUAGUUUAUUUUAUAAUAAUAAAUCGUCAGAAAUUAUUACAUAG